UUCCGACGGAAACUCUUUUUUAGAAGAAAAGUGUCUUAGAAUUGUCGGAUCUAAAAGGGAUCCAAAUAUUUCACUGAUAUAUAUAUUAAUAUGUAAUAUUUAUGUAUAUAUGUAAGUUGUAAAGUUUUGAAUAAAAGGAAAAAAUAUAUAUUUUAAAAAAUUUGGACUGCGUUAAAUUUUGUAACUGCAAAUAUUUUUUUAAUAUCAACCCCUCUCUCCUCAAAAUGAUCAAUGAACGUUUUAACAAUAUCGUUGAAUCUCCCUAAUCCGGUACUCUAUUGUCUGGCACCUCCCGUCGUCCGGCAAAAUUUUAGUUUGCCGGACGGUCUCUAGUACCCACUGGCGUUAGUAUCCAUGGUUCGGCAUACCCUUUGUUUACAUCUGAUCCUCGUGGAGUAUGGUAUGUUCCUCGGUAUUUCAAGUAUCUCUGUAAUAUUUCACUUGUUAUUUACCCUUAAUAUGCCUCCUAAGCGACCAGCAGGUGAUACUGGUGCAGGAAAUGCUUCCAAAUGCCGCAAACAUGUAUCUGAUCGAUACAACAGAAGGUGGAACUGUUGAAGAAACUGGACUGUGGCGUAUCGGUCCGUGCGUUAUGUGAUGUGUACAAUGUUGGAUCAUCUAGAGUGUGUGGUGUCAAGAAGCAAAAAACUUCAAAUCCUUAUAAGUUUUAUAGUGAAUCUGUCACUAAAAAGUACAGUAUGUGGAUAUGCGUAAAACACUGAUGGAAGGGAAAAACAGUUUUUAAUUUUUCCUUAUUUGUUCUUUAUUUUCUUUACUUUAUUAUUUCAUUAACUGUACAGAUAUUUUGUCUUUUUUACAGGUGAACAUCACCAAUUUAUGUGCAGAAAAUCAUGGAUGAGGAUGUGAAAGCCAGUAUGCACAAGAACCGGCGCACCACCCUGGAGCGUAUAGAAAAGUACAUCUCAGACAAGCAGUUCCGGGAUGUCAACUUGCGUGGAAAGCUCUAUCCAUUUUCAAAGGAAAUUGAUUGUUUGUCUCACUGGUGUGUCCCAGGUGGUGAGGCUGCAUGGGAACAGUGGCCCUUCAAACAGGUAAUCACUCAGGACUUCAAACCUACAUCAGUUGGAAAAGCCUUUGGACCACUGUGGAGUACUCAUUGGUUUAGGAUUGAGGUGAAAGUGCCAGAUUCCUGGAAAGGUCAACAGGUGUGGUUGCAAUGGAAUAGCCAAGCUGAGGCUAUGUUGUGGAGCAGGAAUGGCGAACCACUUCAGGGCAUGUCACCUGGCGGUUAUCAUCAUCACAUACGAAGGGAUGUUUCUACAAACAGUCAGUCAGGCCAACAUGAAAAACAGGAGACAGAAAAUGACCAUGUAGACAGUCAUGCUGAGGGUGGUCUUCCUCACCAAACGCGAACUGAUUACCCAAUCAGCCGUUGUUGGAAUGGUUCCCAGGAAACACUGGUGUACUACAUUGAAUUGGCCUGUAAUAAUAUGUUUGGUGGUGGAAAAGAAGGCAUGAUCAGUCCCCCAGAUCCAAAACGCACCUUCAAGAUUGAAAGGGCUGAAAUCUGCACAAUGGAUGCUGAUGUGUACAAGCUCAUUAUGGACCUGGAGGUGUUGCAUGAUAUGGCCAAAACUCUCCCCAAUGAUGAUCCCUGCAGCUAUGAAGCUCUCUAUGCCGGCAACCAGAUGAUCAACACUAUUAUAAAAAAUGAUUACCGCAUGGCAAGCAAGAUUGCAAACACCUUCUUCUCAAAAGGCAAUGGUGCCAGGGCCCACACAGUGGCACUCAUGGGACACUGCCACAUUGAUUCUGCAUGGUUGUGGCCAUAUUCUGAGACCAAGAGGAAGUGUGCUCGUUCUUGGACAUCAACCUUGAACUUGAUGGAGGAGUACCCAGAAAUGAGAUUUGCAUGUUCACAGGCACAACAGUUUUCAUGGAUGAAGUCCCAUUACCCAGCAAUAUUUGAGAAGAUCCGGACUCAAGUGAAGGCAGGGCGCUUCAUCCCUGUUGGAGGUUCCUGGGUUGAGAUGGAUGGUCUCAUUCCUAGUGGUGAAUCAUUUAUGCGCCAGUUCCUAUAUGGACAGUUAUUCUACCAAAGAGAGUUUGGCAUUCAGUGCAAAGAAUUCUGGCUGCCUGAUACAUUUGGCUAUUCUGCGCAAUUUCCCCAGAUAUGCAAGCAAUUUGGCAUCACCCGCUUCUUGACCCAGAAGUUGAGUUGGAACAUGGUGAAUAAGUUCCCUCACCACAACUUCCUAUGGGAGGGUCUUGAUGGUACCACUAUCAUUGCUCACUUCCCCCCAGGAGACUCCUAUGAGAUGAAUGUCAAGGUUGGAGAAGCUAUGAAGACUGUCAGGAACCUUCAAGAUAAGGGACGAGUAAGCACCUCAGCCUUCCUGUAUGGUUAUGGUAAUGGAGGUGGUGGACCAACCAGGGAAAUGAUGGAACGUGCACGAAGAUUGAAGGAUGUGGAUGGCUGCCCAAGGAUGGAGCACAUGUCUCCCAAUACCUUCUUCAAACGACUUGAGUCUGAGAAGCAAAAUCUCUGCCGUUGGACUGGUGAAUUGUUCCUCGAACUCCAUAAUGGUACCUACACCUCACAGGCCAAUACCAAGCGUCAAAAUCGUGAGUGUGAAAUUGCACUGAGAGAUGCAGAGAUGAUGCUUGCAUUUGUUGCUGUGAGCGGAGAGCUGUCUCAAGAAAAACUUCAUGCGUACCAAGAGGCUCUAGUGGGUGCUUGGAAAAAAGUACUUCUGAACCAAUUCCAUGAUGUCAUUCCUGGCACAAGUAUUGGUCAUGUGUACCGUGAUGCAGAUCAGAUGUUCCAAGAAUCUCAAGCUCUUGCUGCUCAGAUUAAAGAGGCAUGUGCAGCACUUAUUUUGCAAGAUACACCAGAAUCCCGACAGGGAGAUAUGGUCGUGGUUAACACAUUCCCAUGGAAAGUACAACAGGUGGUUACAGUUAAAGAAAAAGGCCAAGAGCCAAGUAAAAAGCGAAUUCGCAUGGAUGGAGAAGUUACACAGCCAGCACAAAAUGGAGAAUAUUAUGUUGCAGUGGAGGCACAGGGUAUUGGCUGGACAAAGCUGUUACCCAUGUGCCCAGCACCUGUCACAGUUCGCAUCAGCAAUGGAAAUUACAUUCUUGAAAACAGCCUUAUCAGAGCAGAAAUUACCAAGUAUGGGCAAGUAAUCAGUUUAACAUCAGCAUCUGAUGUAUCUCACAAUGUCUUCAAGAAAAGCGAUGGUCCUCAGUGUUAUGGCAACCAGCUGAUGAUGUAUGAUGACAUUCCUUUGUAUUGGGAUGCCUGGGACACCAUGGAUUACCAUUUGGAAACUGCCAAAGUCCUUAAUGAAGAAGAUAGUGGGUGUGUGAUGACUGAGAUGAAGGUUUUAGAGAGGGGACCUCUUGUGGUAAAAUUGCAGUGGGAAAUGAAAAUAAGUAAUGCUUCCUCUCUCACUCAAGAAAUUGAGUUGUCUGCUGUCAGUCCACACCUUACCUUCAAUAAUCAUGUUAAUUGGCAUGAGAACCGCAAAUUCUUGAAGGUGGCAUUUAAUACUGGCUUUAUGACAAGAAAUGCCACUUUUGAUACCCAGUUUGGUUACAUUGAACGUCCGACUCACACAAAUACAUCAUGGGAGUCUGCAAAGUUUGAAGUUUCUGGUCACAAAUGGGCCGACCUCUCAGAACAUGACUUCGGUAUGGCAGUUAUGAAUGACAGCAAAUACGGAUGGUCAGCACGAGGCAGUAAACUCACCUUGUCUCUUCUACGAUCACCUAAGGCACCUGAUGAACACUGUGAUAUUGGAACCCACAAUUUCCGAUAUGCCCUAAUGCCACACAACGGAUCUUUCCAGAGUGCUGGUGUACAACGGCGAGCUUAUGAAUUUAACAACACUUUGAUGAUCUCGUCCACAACUUUAAGCGAGGAUAAGGAUACAUGGUAUAGCCUAGUUGGAGAUGGAGCUAUGAUUGAGGCUGUGAAGUUGGCAGAAGAUAAGACUGGGGAUGUUGUAGUGCGUUUGUAUGAGAUGGAAGGUGGCAGUCCAAAAGUAUGGCUGAAAGUUCCUUCAACACCAAGACCCAGGAGUGCUUACCUGUGCUCAGGGCUUGAAGACCCAUAUAAGGAGCUGUCCUUCAGUGUAGAGAAAGACAACAAAUAUCUCUUCAUUGCACUCAAUCUCACACCUUUCAAGAUUGUGAAUGUACGGAUCAGUUAUGGUUAAAAAUCAGUCAAUGAUUUGCAGUAACAUGCAUAACUGAAAUCAAUCCCUUGGUUAGAUAAGGGGACUUAAAGUUAGUUUUUAGUUUAAUUGCACAGAAAUAUUAUUAUUCUGGGAAUUUUAAGUUUUUCAAUACUGGUACAUUGUAGAGUAUGCCUUAGUCGCAACAAAAUCUACUUGAUUACAGACGAUGCAAGUGGUACCAAGAUGCACUAGACAUAAAUACAACACAUUGAAACUAUAUAUGAAAGGUUAGAGUAAUCUCCUAAAAUAAUUUGUUACUAGUAUCUUAGGGGAAUGAAUUAACCCCUUCACUGCCAAUAGUACAAAAUGCCAGUUCCCUCCAUUUUUGUGCCUUGUAUUUGAUAGUGACUCAAGAAAAUUAAUUUCAACUGGGGAAAAUUAAUGAACCUAAAUAAUAUGGGAAUUGUGGUGAAUUGCAUACUGUCGUUAUAAAGGGAUCACAGGCUGCCAAGCGGGAGGUGUUGACUUGUCCUCCCUCCCUCCCUCCUCUGCCACCUCCUUUCCCCGGCUACUCGUCAAAUGUAGUUUUGUACAGUAACUUCGUAUAAUUCAUAUUCUGUUCCUAUAAUUCAUUCAUCUUAAUCUAUUUCAUAAUAUAGUUCUACAAUAAUUAAAAAAUUUUAAACCACUCGGUUAUUUUAGAUUCAUUCUAAAUUCAAAUCAUUUAUUUCAUAAAAAAAAAAUAAUACGAAUUAAGCCAAAAUCUGAAUUAUAGUGAUCCAAAUUAACGUAGGUACAGUGUAGUAUUUUUGUAGUAUUGUAAUAUUGCACAAUUUUUUUCGGUUUUUUUUUUUUUAAUAAAGCCUUUGGUGCAAAAAAUAAAUCAAUUUCAGAAACAAUACAUAGUAGUAAAAGAGUUAACUAUUGGUGACAAAAUCAUGUCAUAAGAAUGUACUUUAGGUUGAUCAAAUAUCUGGCAACCAUGUCUGGGAAAACUUCAAAAUGUUGCAUCUACUACAAGGUUUGUCAUCAUGCACUAUUACCAGUAGUAAGUCUUGUGAAAAUAUUUGACAACUUCUGUGACUUCAACUACUAAGUUAAAAGUUGCUGACAAAGUUCUUAAAUAUGAGUUUUUGUCACAAGUACAAUAUGCUUGUUCUGCAGUUGAUUAUGUUUUUCCCUAGUACAUGCAGUUCAGUUUGUGCCUAUUUUAAUUGAGAUGCAGGUUUAGUCUGAAAAAUUAUAUUUCAACUGACACAUUAAUAGUGUUAACACUAGGAUAAAUACAAAAUUCCUGUAAAUCUAAUGAAUAAAAAUAACCAGUAAGACUAAAUUAGUGCUUCGAUCUCUUUUCUAGACGUAUACCUGUACAUGUAAGAUACAGGUUGCCCUCAUUAAUACCAGUUUCACAAGAGGUGGAUACACAUUCACAUUUUGUUUAUGCUGGGUAUACUAUACAUCACGGGGAUGUUGGUUCCGAGGCAGAGGGCAGAUUAUUGGCCCUCACCUGUAUCACUUGUAUCACCCACAGAGGCUAGCAGGGCCUCCUUGUCAAACCCCUCAAAGUCCAUAUCCUCACUAUCACUGACUUGGGCUGGCUGUGGUGGGUGGCGGGUGAAGAACUCGGUAAUGUUUUGUUGACUGGGCGACCUAGCGAGCACACCUGCCCGCGCCGCUUCCCGCAUAACUAAUAAUUGCCGCGUCUGGCCAGGUGCUGCGUAAAUGACCAACCGUGUAAAGGAAAUCCGCGUAAAUCGAGACUAUACUGUAUUCACUUUUAAAGUAGAAGGUAAAAUAAUUUUCACGUUGACUACGAGUUUGCUCCAGCACUGGACCUCUCGGAGCAAAAUGAUGCUUACCAGAGCAAUAUGGUCAAGCAUUGUCACUUACUCAGGCAUAGGAAGCCCAUGCAAUAUGGCCUUAACAUAUAUAAAAUU